AUGACAAUACCCAGAAAAAGUGACCUGUUGUGGUUUAAAACCUGCUUGACUCUUGGAACCAGCCUCAGACCUUCCCCUGACAUCUCACAGCUCAGCACAGCAACGAUGGCGGCCGUCCAGCUCCUGCUGCUUUUGCUCCCUCUGGCCUCGGCUCAGACCUUUGGAUGGGGGCCAUGUCCCGACCCCCAGGUGCAGGACAACUUCAGCCUGGAGCAGGUGAGGCCCCCCAAACUAGGGCUGUCAAAAUAA